AUGCGCCCUCCCCCCUCGCUUUUGCAAAAUCCUGCAAAGAUUUCGGUCGUCCUUGCGCACCUUGGCGCGGCGCACGACGUGGCGGUGGCCGCUGCGCUCUCGCACACGUGGCGCUCUGUCGCACUGCCGCGCCUCGCCUCCGAGGGAGUGCUGCGACCGGCAGACGGCGCAAUACAGAUUUUGGCGCGGUCGCUCAAGGCCAAGGACCCAACAUUCGUCGCGUGCUCACCUGCCGCUUCGUUGGUGGCCAUCGCCGAGUCGAGCCAGCACCGCAUCGUCAUCUGCUCGCUCGUGACCGGAGAGGUUGUGCGCACCCUCGGCAAGUUCGGUUGGGCGUCGGGCGCAGCCGACGGCCUCAAUUACCCCAAGGGCCUCGCGUUCGACCCUAGCGGUGAGCACCUCUUCGUCGCCGACCGGUCGAAUCACCGCGUCAUCAAGAUGAAUGCGGCCACUGGCGCGGUCGUGGCCGGCGUGGGCAGCCGCGGCUACGGCGACGGGUGCUUCAAAUAUCCGCAGGGUGUGGCGCUCGCGGACACGGCGGCGCACGGCCCACUCGUGUUUGUCUGCGACUAUGGCAACGACCGCAUCGUGGCGCUCGAGCCAACGGCGCUCGAAUGGCGAUUUGAUGUAGGAGAGGUGUAG